CGAUUAAUCUGAGUCCAUUUAAUCAAUUGUAUACCUGAAUAAUUUCCAAUUGUGUUUCAAUGUUAGUAAGACAAAUUAUAAAUUUAUAGUAAAUUGCUGAAAAAAUCUGAAAAUUAGUUGGAAAAAUUGGAUAGAAGUAAAAAACCCAUAUGAAAUUUUACUUGUGUUAUUAUAUAUAUUCGUUCCUGUAAUGCUGGUAUCAAUAUUAUGUGCAAAAAUGAGUGAUUCAGGUGACUUUGAACAUUUAUAGAAUAAGUGGAAACGGGUCGAAGGAAAGUGCGUACAUGUUUUUAAUAGGUUGAGAACUACCUAUUGGAUAAAAGUUGUAUACUGAACGUAAUAACAAAAAGUGUUUAUAGUGUAUGUACAAACAUACCUACGUACGCCAUUUUGAAUAUUAGACCCAUUGCUGAAAUCUUUGUUGAUUUUUCGUUCUGAACAAUUGAAGUUUCAUAGUGUCGUUGGUCUAAACGAAACAGGAAAAGUUAUAUAACAUACCAUAUAAUAUACUAGUGGAUUGCUAUAUAAAUAGAAUAAAGACGCUUUGUUGGCCAAGGUGUAAUGUUUACUAAGCAGUGUGAUCAAAUUAAAUUGUAUAACACAAAGGUAAAACGCGUUAUUGUUAAAAAAAGACUAAUUGUUCAUCCAUCUACGAUGUUUAAGAACAUAAACAUUUGCGAGAAUUUCAUAACGGCUAUGAUAGUAUUCCAAUUGAGAAACACAUUUAGAAUCCGAAUUGCCUGCCAACCGACGAGAAUAAGAGUUCAUGUCUAGAUUGACCAUUGCAAAUUACUUGCGUGAGUCGUCCGAAUAAUUAGGCCUAUAAGUUAUAUGCAUCGUUAAUGUAAAAGAUUUCAAAACGGUAAAUAAAUACGUGAAGCCUUCAGGAUCUAAAGAAAUAUAGCAAUUAAUCGUAACAACUAAAUCAAGGGAUCAUUUAUCAACAGUUGGGAGAGUCAAACAAGCUUACUCUAACAUCAUGAAGUUAUUGGAGAGCUCACGAUUUGAAGCGAUUAAUAACGCACUGUCUAUACAGACAGGCGGGAGUACCAUUUUUGGUCGCAUUGAGAGCUAUUCGUGCAAAAUGGUAGCGGCGGACAAAGCUCUUUAUAAAAGAUUUACCGCUGAGACACACGGUGUUGGUCCCCAUGAUUUACAGGCUCUUUCGCCACCCCAAACUUUAGCUGAUCUUUCACCAAACUUCCAUCGCAAUAACAGCCAAUCUGGUGAUGAAGGUAUUAUCCUAUGCGAUACCAUAUCUCGCAAGACUCUUUUUUACUUAAUUGCAACAUUAAACGCUUCAUUUGAGCCAGACUACGACUUUUCUGAUGCCAAGUCUCAUGAAUUUAGUAAGGAGCCAUCGCUGCAAUGGGUAAUGAAUUCGGUCCAUUCAAACUUAUCAGCUCUAGCUGGAGACCAAUAUCAAGUUUUACGUCAACCUUUAUGGACUGCAGUUGAUGAUGAAAUUAAUUUAUCUGAUUGUGACAUUUAUAGUUACAAUCCUGAUUUAAGUUCUGAUCCUUUUGGAGAGCCUGGCUGCUUAUGGUCGUUCAAUUACUUUUUUUAUAAUAAAAAAUUGAAACGCAUAGUCUUCUUUACAUGCCGUGCUGUAAAUUCAAUUUAUGCAGGCGAGACAUCUGAUUUUUCCAUGGAAGAAGAUGUUUAUUAAAUGCUGUACGUUAUCCUGAAAGUUAGCGGAACUGUAAUACCACAGCUUUGUUUUUAAUCGAUAUGGAAAUAAUAUAAUUUUCAAUCAUUAUAAUUGAUGUGAAGAUAUCCUUAAAAAUGGGGAAGUCCGUUUGAACUCCCGUGAAAAUCGUAAUAAGAUCCUGUAAGGUUAAAAUAUGUAUUUUACUGUAUGUAUAUCUUUUCAAGUAUAUUUAUUGGCAUAAAAGCAGGUGAGAGCUGCGAUGUGAGAAUUUGUGCCUCUAAAUAUACACGAUGCCAAUAGUUUAGUUUAAACCUCGGAAUUUCAAAUACACAAUAAUUAAAUUGAAGAUGAAAUUCUGAAUUUUUGUGAAAUGAAACGAUAUCCUUAGAUUAAGAAUUUAACACGAAUUCAAAUAUCUUGGAUUUCUAAAUACUGAUAUUGAUUAAACCUUUGUAUUUUUGUCCGUUUUGAAGUUUAGCACUCCUUAUAAACUUCAAUAAAAACGGAAUAUUGGAUUGCAAAUACAA